GACAAUGACACUGUGCUUUUGUUAUUUGUUAUAAAGUCAGCCAGCUCUUCCGUUUCAUAGAAAACUAAAUUUAAUGAACGUUGAGUUUCCUUUCGUGGACUUAAUUUCCCAAGCUAUACCAUUAACUAGCAAAGUUCUUCUUCUCUAUCUCUCUCUUACAGCUCAAUACAUCUUUCUCUCCCGGAUAAUCAUGCUGUGUCUUUCUUGAGCUUUUCUUUUGUUCAGGUUUAUUGGUCUUGGAAGUUGUUUAUAUCAAGCACGUGACGGUUGAUAGAGAAGGGCUGUUCACCGGCAGAUCAAACAGAUAUGACUUGUUUUUCUUUCUUAUUUGGUCGACGGAUAGAUUCUCCGCAACAAUUUGGUGUAGUUGAAGAAGACCUUAGCCACGUUCAUAAUGUUAAAUGCUAUUCGUACAAGGAAUUAAGAAAUGCCACUGAAGAUUUUAGCACUGCCAACAAAAUUGGGGAGGGAGGUUUCGGUUCUGUAUACAAGGGACGGCUCAAACAUGGGGAAAUAGCUGCUAUAAAGGUUCUUUCAGCUGAGUCGAGACAAGGGGUGCCAGAAUUCUUAGCAGAGAUUAAAACAAUGUCAGAGAUAGAGCAUGAAAAUUUAGUGAAGUUAUAUGGCUGUUGUGCAGAAGGAAAUCAUAGAAUUUUAGUUUACAACUACCUGGAGAACAAUAGCCUUGCGCAAACUCUUCUAGGUGGAGGUCACAGUCACAUUAAUAUCCAGUUUAGUUGGAGAACACGAACUAGGAUUUGCAUUGGGGUUGCAAGAGGGCUUGCCUUUCUUCAUGAUGAAGUAAAACCAUGCAUUGUCCACAGAGAUAUCAAAGCAAGCAAUAUUCUACUUGACAAGGACCUAACACCAAAAAUUUCAGAUUUUGGUCUGGCCAAGCUUAUACCUGACCACAUGACACAUGUCAGUACACGUGUGGCUGGAACACUAGGUUACCUGGCACCAGAGUAUGCAAUAAGGGGGCAAUUGACACGGAAAGCAGAUCUCUACAGUUUUGGCGUCCUCCUUGUGGAAAUUGUUUGUGGCAGAAAUAACACAAACACAAGAUUACCUGUUGCAGAACAAUACCUCUUAGAACGGGCUUGGGAUCUUUAUGAGCGAAGGGAGCUGGUUGCUCUGGUGGAUACGGCAUUAAAUGGUGACUUUGAUGCUGAGGAGGCUUGUAGGUUUCUAAAAAUCGGUCUACUCUGCACCCAAGAUAAUCCAAAGCUUCGGCCUUCCAUGUCUACCGUAGUCAGAAUGCUGACUGGCCAGAAGGACCUUGAUGAGAGUAAGAUAAUGAAGCCAGGCCUAAUUUCUGAUUUCAUGGACCUCAAAGUACGAGCACCCUUCAACACCAAAGCAUCUGCUACAACAUCUUUUAAUGCAUUUUCCGGAUCAGAGAUGCUGGACAGUUCGAUCUUGUCAUCAGAAAACUCAUCAACUGCAACUCCUACAACUUUGACUGGGUUAUAUGGUCGGAGCAUUUGAACUUCUGGAUUUCAUGGACCUCAAAGUAUGAGUACUCUCCAAGACUAAAGCAUCUGCUACGACAUCCUUUUAGGCAUCUUGCAAAUCAGAGAUGCAGGAAAUUUCGAUCCUGUCAUCACAAAACUCAUCAAGCACGACCAUGACGCUUUUACUGCGAUGUAUGAUUGGAGCAUUUGAACUUCAAUGUGAGAAAAAUUCCGAUUGCAUAUAUUUUAUUCCAUUUUUUUUAUUUUCUUUUUCUAGGCUUGUAAAUUUUGUAACCAUCCCUUAUAUACACAGGUACACAGUUUUGCUAUUCUGUUGCAAAUGGACAAAUUCCUGUAAUGUUAAUAAAUAAUUGCACAAGGGUUUGGAAUCUCCCUCUUUUUCUC